AUGGCGGAUUCCUUGACGGAACCCGUUUGUUUGAAAGAUUUUGAGAGUUACGCAAGGGAGUACUUGCCAUUUUAUGCAUUUGAGUUUUUUGCAGGAGGUGCAAACGAAGAAACUACCAUAAGAGAAAACCUGGAGGCUUUUAAAAGGUGCGAGAACAUGGGGCGAGAACAGCUGGGACCGGGUGUCAAGUACAGGUCACAUUCCACAGGUCAGGACUACCAACUGGUCACUGCUCCACCGAUGAAUAAACCACACAGCUUCCCAUCGAUCUAAUACAGCAUUCUGUCAAGAGAUUUGGACUAGGAGACACUUUUAACGCUAUUUAUUUAUCUAUAUCAUGUUGCGUGACCUGUACUCUGACCUAUCGAAAAGUAACCUGUAUUUUAGACCAGCCGCGGCUAUUGAUUUGUUUGUUUUCUUCCAUGCUUCUGUAGUUGUGUGUGUGGUGGAGGGGGAAUUGGACAUCAACAGUGAACUACUAAAGCAACGUUCUUUCGAUCAUUAUUGUUUGCAUGAGAGUCAAGACCUUAGGUCGUGGUUGGACGUAUACAAAACAUGGACGCCCUUUGAUGUAAUCGUUUAGUUCCCGUCAGUCUUAGUGGGUGGGCUGGUUUUACCAUGUGCUCGAUGUAAUAUUGUUCUUGCUCGAUUUAGCCGUUGUGUUGAUGUAUUCUUGCCCCGGGGGGCACUUGGGUAUUUUUUGGGUGGGUAUGUGCCGCCCGGGACUCCAAAUUGGCACCCCAUUCUAAAAAAAAUUUCCCCUAAAAUUGAUACCCCAUUCUAGAAAUGAGCCAAUUUUUUAUACCCCAUUCUAGAAUUCGCCCUAAAACUGAUACCCCGUUCUAGAAAUAAGCCAGUUUUUUAUACUUCGUUCUAGGGUGCAAUAAGAGUACAACAGUUUGCUUGUUAACGCAUUGAACCGUAUUUUUAAAAGCAAUCUGUCCUUGAAUAAUUUAAAAUGGCUGCUUACAAAAACUGGAGCUUUCGUGCAUUCGAAAUAUUAUACCCCGUUCUAGAAAACGCCACUGAAAUGGAUACCCCGUUCUAAAUCAGGAGCUUCAAAAUCACGACCCCGUUGGGUGGCACAUACCCGUAUAGGUAAUGUAUGGGAGUACCCCCCCAGGAUUCUUGCCUGUUUCUCCUCUCAAUAAUGUUACAUGGACCACCCCUGUGGACCUAGUCCAUGGACCCGUUCGUGGACCCGGUCCAUGAAGUACCCCUGUGGGCCACCCUUAAUUUUUUAAGAUGAAUUUAACCAGAGGUCUCCUCCUGCCCCCUUCAAAUGUUGUUUCUCCUUCCUGACGAAACCAAACCCAUGAAUGGAAUUCAGGAAAAAUUUGAGCAAUAAUAUACUAAAAAUAACAAUAGUGUAAAUAUACAUGUAGUGAACUAAAAAUUGACACAGUUUCAGCCAUUUUAGGUUCCUAACAUUUGUUUAGCCCUCUGGUAAAAAUUCAUCUUAAAACAGUAAGGGUGGUCCACGGGGGUGGUCCAUGGACUAGGUCCACAUAACUUGCCAUGGAUUAGGGGUCCAUGUUUUGUUUUGUCUAUGUCUGUCCUGGUCAAAUACAGUGCAGCAGUGAGACAUGCAUGAACUUAAAGGGCCCAGAAAACAGGAAGAGAAUGGUGAAAUGAUGCUAGGAUUUUUAAGGCUCAUGUACAUGUACAACUGAAUUUCAGGCUGAGAAUACAACCGCGAGUUCUUUGCGGCAUUUCAGAAGUGGACCUUUCAACCACAAUUCUUGGAGAAAAAGUUACCUUACCAAUUGGUAUUGCACCAACAGCAACUCAAAAACUUGCCCACCCUGAUGGUGAGCAAGCCACUGCAAAAGGUAACAUAAGUAUGCAAGCUACUUAUAGCCUUGCUGGGGGUCCUUUAAACAUUUCUUUAGGUUAUUGAAACGUGAAACCCUCUUUUUGGCGGGGGGCGGGGGGGGGUAUUCACCAAAGUUUUGUACAGGGAGCUUGACGAACACAACAUCGGAUGGAACGCAGUUUGACAUGCAUUGUCCGCGCAACCUACAGAUUAGUCAGGUAUCUGCUAGCACAUAACUGGCUAAUCUGUAAGUUGCACUGAUUUCCAGAAUUAAUUGUUAGUAGGCUGUCAGAGAAGAAUGAUAAUGUGUUAAAUGUAUAAUAACAGAUUUAAGUAAAAUCCAACUAGUGGUCUAUUAUUAAUGCUGCAUUCUGAUUGGUUGAGCUACUACUAAGCUUAGCAAAAGCAUUGGCUUUGAAAAACAAAGCAAUAAAUUGAAUUGCAUUUUGCUACAUGUAGCUUAAGUUGUUUUGCUUUGAUAUUUCUGACCAACUAAAUGGCCUCUGCUGGCUAUUGACUCAUUAUUAAAUAUUGUUUUGCAGCUGCUUCUAAGGCUGGGACUUGCAUGAUACUCAGCUGUGUUGGAUCCACAUCACUGGAGGAUGUUGCAACCAUGGCUCCUGAGUCAGUUAAAUGGAUGCAACUUUAUGUACUGAGCUCCCAAGAAAUGACAAAAAAGAUUGUUAAACGUGCAGAAAAAGAAGGAUAUAAAGCAAUUGUCCUGACUGUUGAUGGAACUGUGAAAGGAAAGAGACCAAAAGAUGUCAGAAAUCAGUCUGUUCUGUUACCUCAUCUCAUGAAUAUUCCUAAUGUUGAUCCAGCAAAAAUGGCAGAUGCCAAGAGAUCAUCUGAUUUUGUGAAGAACAAACAACAAGGUUCUGGUUUUGCAUUUGAUAAUUUUGCAAAUGCUUUAGUUAACAAAUCAAUCACCUUUGAAACCAUUGACUGGUUGAAGAGCAUCACCAAGCUUCCAGUUCUCAUCAAAGGGAUUUUGACAGCAGGUGAUGCCAGAAAGGCUGUUCAACAUGGAGUUGAUGGAAUAAUUGUAUCCAAUCAUGGAGGAAGACAGUUAGACUGUGUUCCUGCCACUGUAAGUGUGUAAUGAACCUUUUAGUUUGUUUUUUUUUGUUUUUCCAGUGUAGUUUACAUGUGAUAUUACUCUUGAGGGCUGCCAAUUUCUUUCAGUUUUUUCUUGUCUCUGAGCACAAGCAAAUGUAACUAAUUUUUAAGAAUACUAAGGAUAGUUUAAGGUCCCUUAAGUUGAGAACAUCACAAAUUAAGACCUACAUAGGGACACAAAACAUACAGAGUGCAUUUAUAAUACAUAUUGUCAUUAUCAUUGUUGGCCAUGAUUUUUCAGGCGUGUGGCAUAAAUAAAGUGUUUCUUUUUCUAUUAUAAUUGUUGUUUACUAAUAAUUCCUAACAAUAUAUUUUUGCUAGAUUGAUGUUCUGCCAGAGAUAGUGGAUGCUGUUAAUGGAAAAGUAGAAGUAUAUGUUGAUGGUGGAAUUAGACUGGGUACAGAUGUAUUCAAGGCACUGGCCUUGGGGGCACGAGCUGUUUUUAUUGGCCGACCAGCCAUUUGGGGACUUGCCUACAAGGUAACAAAACAAGUGGAAUCAUAAUAUCGUAAGCCUAGGGGUUAAAGCCAUAGCAGUGUGCGACAAAGGCAGACUGCAGACUUGCAGACUGGCAGGUAAAUGAGGUUAAACAUUGUUGUGAAAUACUGUAACAGAUUCCCUAUCCCAAAAACAAGGCUUCUGGAAGACUUAAAGUUUAGUGAUAGGGAAUCUAGCUGAUAAAUCAUCUCACAACAAUGUUUACCUCUUUUACCUAUCAGCCUGCCAAUCUGCAGUCUGCAUUUGUCCCAUAUACGAAAGCCAUAUAGACAAGCAAUCGCACGGAACACUUUAACAUACAAAGAAACACAAUAGUGAAGGGCUAAAACUUUGAAAGAAUUUAAAUGCUGUCUUGCAAAAUUUGAUACUGAUAAAAUGAAUCUCGAACAUGUUAAAGGCAUUAGGUUUCUGGGUUCCAGCAGAACAUGCCCAAACCAAAACCAACCCCCUUCCCCCUAGCACAAUAUUAUUCUCCCACCCCUAGGGGGAAUAACGUUAGCAUCAAAACAUUUCCUACUUGGAAUAUUGUGAAAAAAAAAACUUAUGUGAAAAAAAAAGAAACCGUUGCAUUACUUCUGCGAAGUAACUCCAUCUAUGUUUGUUUAUUGAGUGUUAUCUCGUAACCUGUUGAUCCACAUUUCAAAGUGUACGUUGAUUCUUUUCAUCUUUUUAUAGGGUGAGGAAGGUGUGACCAAAGUCCUGGACAUUCUUAAAGAAGAACUCGAAAUAGCAAUGAUUUUGUCAGGUAAAAUA